AGAGAGAGAGAGAGAACUAUAUAGAGUAGUAGUGUAGAGUUCUAAUUAGGAAUACUAUUACUAUAUUCGAAGGAAAGGCCAAGAAAAGAACAAGUCGAAGGAGAAGAGAGAAAGUGCAGAUAUCCUCCUCACGUGUGCAUGCAUCAUGCAACAGCAGAACCAACCCAACGCCAGUCUUCUUGUCCCUUUGUCUAAUUAUGACGUCAUAGAGCUAAAAUUGGAAAAUAGCCAGUUGGCCAUGCAUGGGCUUGGUGGGCUUCCUCCCACAUCCCAAUCAAAGCCCGCAUGGGGUAGGAGCAUGGCUUGUGACACAUUAGAAUCAAUUGUCGAUCAAGCUACAUGCCACAAACGUGACCCAAAUAUCAUCCGCCAUGACCAGACACCGGCCAACAUAAGCUCAAUGGUUGCAUCCUCCGGCGGAACAUGGACUGACAGCUCUGUCCAAGUACCGCCGGCACAGGGGUGGAUAAGAAAACACACUCAGUCAGAUUCCGGCUUCUUUGAGAAUAAUUUUAGUAGUAAGACUAAUAGCAUUCAUGAAGAACAUGCAGAUCCCAGUAGUGUUAGAUUGUGCAGGGACAAUGAUACAACUAUGUCCACAUUGGUUUCUUUUGAGUCUCCUCCCAGUUUGAAGACCAAAAGCAUCGAAGAGGAUUCGGCCUGUCACGGAGGACUGCAGAAAAACCGAGAUGAUGGCCGGGAAACCACCAAAGGUGGAAAACCAAGCCGUUCACACUCAACAAGACCAAGGCGAGCUGCUGCUGUUCAUAAUCAAUCAGAGCGGAAACGAAGAGACCGGAUUAACCAGAAGAUGAAAGCUCUGCAAAGGUUGGUGCCAAAUGCAAGUAAGACUAAUAAAGCUUCAAUGCUUGAUGAGGUGAUCAAAUACUUGCAACAACUUCAAGCUCAAGUCCAAAUGAUGCAUAGUAUGAGAAAUUUCAUGCCUAAUGGCCAUAUGAACAUGAAUAUGAUGAUGCCUUUAGAAAUUCAGCAGCAACAUCUUCAUCAAAUGUCACUCCUCGCUCAUAUGGGAAUGGGAACGGGAACAGGAACGCGCAUUCAUCCUACACCGGUUGUGGCUGCCGCUCCUCCUUCUUUCAUGCCGCCCUUUAUGAUGCCACCGUUGAUGCCACCGCACCCUCCUCCUCAAGCAAAGCCUGAACCAACCGGCACUAACGAUGGUUCAGACCCUCUACCUGAUCCAUAUUGUUCCCUCCUAGCACAGCAAUCAAUGAAUAUGGACCUGUUCAACAGGAUGGCAGCUCUCUAUCGCCUACAAGUCACUCCGGCGACAGCAGCGUCAAGCAGCCCGUCACAGUCAAGCCAGGUUCGAAGGAACUAGUAAGGACCCACCUAGCUCCCGGAUAUUAUAGUUCACGUGAUAAGAGAAAUACUAAUAGUACGAGCUAGCCCUUGUAAAAUGUGACUAAUUCAAACGUUAUCUCUCUUAAUUACUAAUGAUCUUGUAUGAUGGACUUAUCAAUUAAGUCUUGUAAA